CAGAAAGUUGGUUAAACGAUGAACUGGACGCAACUUCGCGCCAUAACGCUCAUACUCCUACUCCCGCCCCUUCUAGCGAAAAAAGCAUUAAAAAGAAAACACGGAAUGCUACGGUAAGAAGACCGGAUCGCUCACCUCACCGAAGCGCGAAACGAAUCAACCAAUUCUCGAUCCUUGUCAAUUUAGAAAUGGGUGGAAGCGAAAGAAAAUCCAAGGAGAAGAGGAAGAACAGAAAAGCGGCUUCAUCUUCUGAAGACGAGAAGAGGAGCAAGAGACCGAGAGCUGCGGAAGAUGACGGAAGGGAGAUUAGAAGGAGCGAUAAGAGAGAGAAGCGGAAGGAGAAGAAAUCUCACAAGCACUCCAAACACCACUCAGAGAAGAAGUCGAAGGAUAUUCACAAAGGCAAGCAUCAUAGAGGUGAUCACCACUCGAGAGCCAAAUAUGAAGAACUGUCGAAGGAGGACUAUUUCUCAAAGAAUAAUGAGUUUGCUACCUGGUUGAAAGAUGAGAAAAAUGUGUAUUUCUCUGAUCUCUCGUCGGAGUCUGCUCGCAAGCUUUUCUCUGAUUUUGUUGAACUGUGGAAUGACCAAAAGCUGGAAUCUCGAUAUUAUGAGGGUAUUACAAGUGGGCCUCGGACAUCCCAUAACUGGAAAAUCAAGGGGUGAUAACUUAGCAAGCCUCUGACUAAACAAACGGAUGGAUGAACAGAAGUUGUCUGAUUAGUAGCAUUGUGGUUUUCAUACUAGUAGUUUCCAGCCAGCUACAUCAAAUCUGCUUGCCAAUGCUGAAUGUAUAAGAGAAGUUCCAUGUCACUCUGUGGAACUUUCUUUUAUGCUUGCUUAUGAUAUGGAAUGGAAAACUGUUUGUUUUGAUUUUUUUGGAAAAAAGUAGAAAUCAGUUCAAUUUAAUCGAUUAAUUAGAUCAGAAGGUUGUUUUCUUUUCAGAACUGAAGAUUGUUGCUCUUGCAUUCUCUUGGCAAAUAUAUCUGACCUGUGCUUUGAUCUCGGAA